AUGGAACUCCUGGGAGCCGUCACCCUGUUCCUGGUCAUCUGCCUCUCCUGCCUCCUGCUCCUCUCCACCUGGCGGCAAAUGCAGGGCCGGGGGAAAAUGCCCCCAGGGCCCACCCCGCUGCCCCUCCUCGGGAACCUGCUGCAGGUCGAGCUCAGCAACAUGCGCAAGUCGCUGAUGAAGAUCAGCGAGCGCUACGGCCCCGUCUACACCCUCCACCUGGGCCCCCGGCGGGUGGUGGUGCUGUGCGGCUACCAGGCGGUGACGGAGGCCCUGCUGGACCAGGCCGAGGACUUCGGUGGGCGUGGGAAACAAGCCACCUUUGACUGGCUCUUCCGUGGCUAUGGCGUGGCCUUCAGCAACGGGGAGAGAGCGAAGCAGCUGCGGCGACUCUCCAUCACCACGCUGCGGAACUUCGGGGUGGGCAAGCGAGGCAUCGAGGAGCGGAUCCUGGAGGAGGCGCAUUUCCUGCUGGAAGCCUUGCGGGGCACGAAAGGUUUGCCCUUUGACCCCACCUACUUCCUGAGCCGCACGGUGUCCAACGUCAUCAGCUCCGUGGUCUUCGGGGACCGGUUCGACUACGAGGACGAGGAGUUCCUCUCCCUGCUCCACAUGAUCAAUGAGAGCUUCCGCUUCACCGCCACGGCCUGGGGGCAGCUCUACGAGAUGUUCUCGGGCACCAUGUGCCACCUGCCCGGCCCCCAGCGCGCAGCGUUCAAGCAGCUGGCAGGGCUGGAGAAGUUCAUCGAGAGGAAGGUGAAGGCGAAUCAGGAGACCCUGGACCCCAGCGCCCCUCGGGAUUUCAUCGACUGCUUCCUGGUCAAAAUGCAGCAGGAAAAGGAAAAUCCUUCCUCUGAGUUUUCCCUGAAGAACAUUGUUCUGACGGCGCUCACCGUCUUCUUCGCCGGGACGGAGACCGUCAGCACCACCCUGCGCUACGGCUUCCUCCUCCUGCUGAAAUACCCGGAGAUCGAAGAAAGGAUCCACGAGGAGAUCGACCGGGUGAUCGGGCGGAACCGUGCCCCGAGCAUGGAGGACCGGAGCCGGAUGCCCUACACCAACGCCGUCAUCCAUGAGUUCCAGAGGUUCUGUGACGUCAUCCCCAUGGGCCUGGCGCGCCGGGUGACCAGGGACACCCAGUUCCGGGGAUACACUAUUCCCAAGGGGACGGAGGUGUACCCGAUGCUGGGAUCCGUGCUGUAUGACCCCACGCAAUUCAGCAGCCCCGACACCUUCGACCCCGGCCAUUUCCUGGAUGGCAACGGCCAGUUUAAGAAGAGCGACGCCUUCGUGCCCUUCUCAAUAGGGAAGAGGUAUUGUUUCGGGGAGAUGCUGGCUGUCACGGAGCUCUUCCUUUUCAUCACCAGCAUCCUGCAGAACUUCCGCUUCCGCUCCCCCGUGGAGCCCAAAGACAUCGACAUCUCGCCGAGGCUGGUUGGGUUCGCCACCCUGCCCCGCAGCUACGAGAUCUGCCUGCUCCCGCGCUAGGAGCAGACGGGAUCUCCCGGAGCAGCCUUGGGGAGGGAGGGAAGGGAGCAACCUGGGGGAAGGAAAGACCCGGCCAUGUAUCAUGUUGAGAACUGGGCCCAUCAGAAGAAGGACCCAAGGGGGUGAAUCUCCUGCGGGAAUCCGGCUGCUGUUUUCCAGCUGCACAAGGGAACAAGAUCUCCCCUAACGAGACACUGUCUCUGAGGGUUCGUCUACAUGACUCACCAAACUCGACCUAUAGGUUGCCAACUUACAGCCAUGGUGCAUGUCCACCCUACCCUCACCAGGGGCGCUUCCCCCCACCUACGACGGGCAGUGUGGGGGGCUGAGAGCCCCGUCUCUCUGCCCCGCUGGCAGCUCCCUCCCAGGAGCUGCUCUGCUCCCUGUUCCCCGCCAGGAGCAGGAGCACGUCUCUCGGGGCUUCUCAGCCUCCCCCAGCCCCCUCCCCCUAGGAGCCGGGCAGCCCUGUCCAUUUCACAGCUCACACGGCUGCCCGGCUCUCGGCAGGGGCUGCUCGGGCGUCUCACCCCGGCUCGCAGCCGGAAGCAGUGUCCAGCCACCCAGCUCUCCAGGGGAGCGGGGUUGGGGAAGGGACUUUCCUGUCAGUUUCACUGCUCCUGCCAUGCAAUUGACGAGACAGCUGAUGUAAGGGAGGCAGGUCUGUGUAGUAGGACACUCACAUCUGUGGGGCGAAGGCUGUAGUGUGGACACUGACAUCAUGGGACCCACACAAGCUGCCUUCUGUGGACCUAAUGGUGCAGCGUAGCCCUGGGCUCAGUCUCUCUCUCUCUCUCUCUCACACACACACACACACACACACACACACACACACACACACACACACACACAAUUCCAUUCCAAGCAUCUUGCAGAUUGUGUGAAACUUUGGGGAUCUUUCGAUUUUGUGAAGAUUGGUGGGGGGGGGGGGGCAUUUACAAACCGGGGGAAUUUCAGGGCAAACAAAUCUGUUGCCAGCCGAAUUUCAAAAUUCGCAGUAUCUUUCCAACAUCCAAUUUUGGGCCUUAUCAGUUCAGGCUCUUUAGGGGGCGGGGAAGUGAAUUGUGUUUAAAUCCCACAGCUUUAAUGGUGAAUUUGGAGGUGAAGGUUUGUGCCAGGCCGCAAAUUCGACAGGUUCCCUUUCAAACAGAAACCUUUUCCCAUAGCUGUACCCUCCAGCUGGCUUCAGAUGGGGUGGGGAUCAUUUGCGUGGGAGUGACAGGACUUCGGCUUGCUCUCAGCACCGGGAUGAUGAUGAAUCUGACCAUGCCGCUGUCUCUCACUGGAGUGUGCAUCCGUCACUGGUCACCUUCUUAAAUAAAGCUGCAAUGCGA